AUGCCCCUUGGAUGCUUCCCGCUGAGCUGCUCGGCUACAAACAGAACCGAAACAUAUUCGCACCUGGCAGGUGUUUACGUUACCGUCACGCUGGCGUUCGCUAACGCACCGUUCGCCUCGCUCGUGUUUGUAGGCGGAGGCCCUUUGUACUUAGUUGGGAACGUAGGCUUUGUUCCAGUGCUCGUCAACACGAGCUCCUCUGUGGAGGCAGAGGCACGUACCGCUUCAGAUGGUGGUGGGACAUCAGGCCUUGUGGGCCGACAGAAUGGAGAGUUCCAGAAUAAGCCCGGAUCCCCCAUUUCAGGGGGCUGUUUGAAGAAGGAGAAGGUGCAGCUGAACAGCUACACCUGUGAAAGCAACGUCCCCCACAGCCCAAACCUCAGCUACAGUGAAGAGGAAGAACUGAAACAUGAAGACGACCUCUACUGUGAGGAGUGCAGAUCUUUCUUCACAGGUGAGUGUGAGGUUCAUGGACCAGUGGUCUUCAUCCCUGACACCGCUGUUCCUGUGGGGGUCGCUGACAGAGCCAGACAGACCCUUCCAGAUGGUUUGGAGGUUCGGUGCUCUGGUAUUACAGACUCAGAUCUGGGAGUGUUUAACCAAAGGCAGACUAUUCCUGUUGGUACACACUUUGGGCCCUACGAGGGAGACCUGACGGACAAAGAGGAAGCCAUAAACAGCAGAUACUCUUGGGUGUUGCACAAAAAGGGGCAGUGUGCUGAAUACAUAGAUGCUAAGAGAGAGACUCACGCUAACUGGAUGAGGUAUGUGAAUUGCGCUCGUAACGAUGAAGAGCAGAAUCUGGUGGCGUUCCAGUAUAAAGGGGGGAUUCUGUACCGUUGCUGUCGACCCAUCGAACCGGGGCAGGAGCUCCUGGUGUGGUAUGCAGAGGAGUACGCCAGAAAUCACGACAUCACGUUCGACUACCUCUGGAACAGAAAGUGCUCCGCGAAAGAAACGAGUGAUGUCCAGACGCAGGUGUUUUCCUGCUCCUUGUGUCCACUUUCCUACACGUCCAAAGCUUUCCAUCACCGCCACAUGAAGAGGUGCCACCAGGAGGAGUAUUUAAGGCUGCUGAAAUCAGGCGAGAUUAAAUAUGAGGACCUCGCGAGCUCCAGCCCUCAGCAGACGCCGUCUCGCAGACUUCUGCAGAAGGACUCAGGCAAGGAGAGAGCUCACCGCUGCUCCGAGUGCAGUAAGAGUUUCACCGAACGCACUUACCUCCAGCUGCACCAGCGCAUUCACACAGGAGAGAAGCCGUACGGCUGCUCGGAGUGCGGGAGGCGGUUUUCCCAAAGUAGUCACCUCAAGAUACACCAGCGCGCUCACACAGGAGAAAAGCCAUACACUUGCUCCGAAUGCGGGAAGAGUUUCGGUCAAAAGAGUAACCUCCAGCUGCACCUGCGCAGGCACCGGGGGGAGAAGCCGCAUCGCUGCUCUGAGUGCGGGAAAAGCUUUAUCGAACACAGCAACCUCCUGCAGCACCAGCGCAUUCACACAGGAGAGAAGCCUUUCGAGUGCUCCGAGUGCGGAAAGACUUUCCGGCAGCGCGGUCAUCUCCAGCUGCACCAGCGCAUGCACACGGGAGAGAAGCCGUAUUACUGCUCAGAGUGCGGGAAGAGCUUCAAACGGCACAGUCACUUCAAGCUGCACCACCGCAUCCACACCGGAGAGAAGCCGUACCACUGCUCGCACUGCGAGAAGAGUUUCAGCGACGGAAUGGCCCUCAAAAUGCACCAGCGCUUCCAUACGGGAGAGAAGCCGUACCACUGCCCGGAGUGCGGGAAGAGCUACGCUCUGCUGAGCAGCUUCCAGCAGCACCAGCGCGUCCACGCGGCCGAGAAGCCGUAUAACUGUCCGGAGUGCGGGAAGGGUUUCACUCAGAAGAGCAACCUGCAGCUACACCUGCGCAUCCACACGGGAGAGAAGCCGUACAUCUGUCCGGAGUGCGGGAAGAGCUUCAAUCAGAGGAGUCAUCUUCACCUGCACCUGCGCAUUCACACGGGAGAGAAGCCGCAUCACUGCGCCGAGUGUGGGCGCGACUUCAGGAAUUCAGGGUCUUUAAAGAGACACAAGCGAACCCAGAAAAAGACGGCGAAGAGGAGCCACCAGUGUUCAGAGUGCGGGAAGAGCUUCACCCGACAGACUCACCUCCAUCUACAUCAGCGCGUUCACACGGGGGAGAAGCCGUAUCGCUGCUCGGAGUGCGGCAAGAGUUUCAACGACAGGAGUAACCUCAGGACGCACAAGCGCAUCCACACGGGAGAGAAACCGUAUCAGUGCUCAGAGUGCGGCAAGAGCUUCACUCAGCUGACUCACCUCCAGAGACACCAGCUCAUUCACAGAGGAGAGAAGCAGUUCUUCUGCCCCGAAUGCGGGAGGAACUUCACUCAGCAGAUUCACCUCCAGAGACACCUGUUCACCCACACGGGAGAGAACCCGUUCACCUGCUCAGAGUGCGGGAAGCAUUUCAGAGACCGAGGCAAUCUCAGAACGCACCAGCGCAUCCACACAGGGGAGAAACCGUAUACCUGCUUAGAGUGCGGCAAGAACUUCACUCAGCUGGUUCAUCUUCAGCAGCACCAGCGGAUUCACACAGGAGAGAAGCCGUAUUUCUGCUCAGGGUGUUGGCGGACCUUCAGGCACUCCAGUAAUCUGAACACACACAAGUGCUCUAAGACACAAAGCCAUGAGUGAGACUGUGAAAUGAAAGUUUUUACGAACCACAGCUCCAAAAAAGUUGGGACUGUAUGUGAAAUGUGAAUAAAAACAGAAAGCAGAGAUCUGUAAAUCACAUUUGGGCUUCCUGAUCUCUCUCUCUCUCUCUCUCUCUCUCUCUCUCUCUCUCUCUCUCUCUCUCUCCACUAGACUUGUCUAAUAAAGCCAAACUGCUAGUUUGUCCUGUUGCACGAUCCUACAAAUC